AACGAUAAAGGCGCUAUGGAGUGAAGGUUUUAACACCAAAUAACCUGCCGUUAAAGCUGCUGGCGCUGGCUGGUUGUAUCUGGAUCUAUCAGCUCCGAAAAGCAUCAUUUGUGGAGCUUACCCGUCAGAUACACUUUCUCCGCCGUGCAGGAGAUAUUUCAACGGUAUAAGACUCAAAUGAGCCAUCGCUCUUGGCGCCAUGAAUAAGCCCGGUAUCGCAUAAUGGAGUUACCAACCAUUUCAAUCACAUCCCCAACUAUCCAUGUCUCAAAUAUUCCCUCCGGAAAAGGCGAGGAACUGACAUCCACGGAGGCGUUGCUCAGCCUCUUUAUCCCAUUUGGGCCUAUUGCCCACAUCCAGUACAGCGCUAACCAGCCUUUCACCAAAAUCACCUACGCCGAGUUAGACGAUGCGAGAGAGGCGAUUUUGAACAUGAAUGGGUUUAGAUACUUUGGAAAGUACCUAAACGUUACGGAAGACCAGGAAAAGGCGGACUUGGCGGACGACGAGCAAUGGGUGAAGGGUAGAGCUGUGUGGGACCAGGAAGAGCCCACGGGCCCGGCGGUUUCCACCAACACGGAAGAAAAGGCCAGCAUUGAGAUUUAAGUGGAGAAAAUGGAUCAGGCUCUAUCUCUAAAGGGAUCGUUUGAUGGAUAGCUGCAGAUAGCGGUUUCCCUUUCCUACAGUCCUUGAUCAAUAAAGCUAUCUGUGAUGUGUAUGACUCUCAAAGGUGAAGGUUGCGGCGAUUUCAACGUGUGAUUGAGACAAGAAAAAUGACGGAGAUACAUAAGGUCCUUUUAAAGCAACGCAGCUCCGUAAUAGUUCAGCCAAACCACUUUUGGUGCAGCCCUUCACAGAAA